AUGGAGGCGUUUGAGCGUAUGCUGUGGCGAGUGUGUAAAGGUUACACUAUACUCAGCUACGCCGAGGUGGACGAGAAUUUGGUCGAUCUCGACACUGGAGAGAUCAAUAAGAGCGUGGUCUUCCUCAUCUCAUUCUGGGGCGAUCAGAUUGGACAAAAGGUUCAGAAGAUCUGUGACUGUUACCACUGCCAUGUGUAUCCCCACCCAGAGACCGACGAGGAGCGAGCGGAUGUAGUGGACAGCUUAAGGACGCGUAUUCAAGAUCUCAAUGAUGUGCUCCGCCGGACUGAAGAUUACCUGAAGCAGGUGCUCCAUAAGGCCUCAGAGUCAGCACACUCCUGGGUGCUGCAGGUGAAGAAGAUGAAGGCCAUCUAUCACAUCCUCAACCUGUGCAGCUUCGACGUCACCAACAAGUGUCUCAUAGCCGAGGUGUGGUGUCCCGUUAGUGACUUGACCAACCUGCGGAGGGCUCUGGAGGAGGGUUCGAGGAAAGGAGACGCCACCGUGCCGUCGUUUGUGAAUCGUAUCCCAAGUAAAGACACACCGCCUACACUUUUGAGGAGCAACAAGUUCACAUGCGGCUUUCAAAGCAUCGUGGAGGCAUACGGAGUCGGAGAUUACCGAGAGGUCAGUCCAGCACCCUUCACUCUCAUCACAUUUCCCUUCCUGUUUGCGGUGAUGUUUGGGGAUCUGGGACACGGCGCCGUCAUGGCGCUCUUUGCCCUGUGGAUGGUACUGAACGAGAAAAACUACAAACGAAGGCACUCAGGAAAUGAGAUAUGGAACAUGUUUUUCGAGGGGCGAUAUAUCAUCCUGAUGAUGGGUGUGUUCUCCAUCUACACGGGACUCAUCUACAACGACUGCUUCUCUAAAUCACUCAACAUCUUCGGCUCGGGCUGGAGCAUCAAGGCCAUGUUCACCGAACAGGAGUGGACAAACGAAACUUUACAGACGAAUGCUUUCCUGACGCUUGAUCCCAACGUGUCUGGAGUUUUCACCGGACCCUAUCCGCUGGGCAUCGAUCCGAUUUGGAACAUGGCAGUGAAUCGGCUGGCUUUUCUGAACUCGUAUAAGAUGAAGAUGUCGGUGAUCAUCGGAGUUUUGCACAUGAGCUUCGGCGUGGUGCUCAGCGUCUUCAACCACCUACACUUCCGUCAGCGCUUUAAGCUCUACCUGCUCUUCCUGCCUGAGCUGCUCUUCCUGCUGUCCCUCUUCGGGUAUCUGCUGUGUCUGAUCGUGUAUAAGUGGCUGCGUUUCUCAGCGUGUGAUUCUCGCUCAGCUCCCAGCAUCCUCCUGCACUUCAUCAACAUGUUCCUCAUGCAGUCCAGCUCGACCACGCCCCUUUACCCCGGACAGACGGCAUUGCAGGUAUUCCUUCUGGUCAUCGCUUUGCUGUGUGUGCCUGUGCUGUUGCUAGGGAAACCGCUGUACCUCCACUGGUUGCAUCACGGCACUAAGGGCCUGGGAGUACGCAGGGGUUAUGAGAGAGUUCGGCGUGUGAGCGAGGACGAUCUGUCCCCAUCUGUAGUCCAUGAUGAGGAGGAAGGACUGGAGGAUCACACAGGACGGGAGAGCAGCACACUCCAGUUUGAUCUCGGAGAUGCCCUAUUACACCAGGCCAUACACACUAUCGAGUACUGUCUGGGCUGCAUCUCAAAUACAGCAUCGUACCUGCGCCUGUGGGCCCUGAGCCUGGCUCACGCACAGCUCUCUGAGGUUCUGUGGACGAUGGUUCUGCGUGUAGCUCUGAGAAUAAGCUUGCGUCUUGGCGUGCUCUUCCUCGUUCCUGUCUUCAGUGUCUUCGCUGUCCUCACCGUCUCCAUCCUGCUGCUGAUGGAGGGACUCUCCGCUUUCCUGCAUGCACUGCGCUUGCACUGGUACACACACACACACACACACACACACACACUCACAUACAAUUACUCUUCGAGCAGGACGGACUACUGUGACAGGAGCGGCUCGUCCAUCGUGACGUACCGUCGCUCACACACUUCCUCGUUACAGACCUCAGCUCAGCCGGAGUGA